UCAUUCAUUUUUGUGUAAAAAGUGAGCUUUGGUGAUUUUUCAUAUUUUCCAUUGUCUUUCCUUUAUUUUCUUUUGUCUCUACUGUACUCUACUUUUGUUUCAUUUUGUUGUUUCGGUUAGAACGCUAGAUUAUGUACGUAGCAUUGGUAGCACACAUAGUGUAAGCAAAGCAAAUAGAACAUUGUUGUACACGCGGAUUCACGCAUCGUUCCCCACAAUGGAAAACUUUGAUCAAAGCAAUAACAAAAACGUGUCGCUUAAUUUGAUAUCGCAGUACGGUGCUUCAGAUUCAGAUUCUGAUGAUACAGAAACGCGGUCGAACACUGGGAACGAAGAUUCUGAUACUGCAGAGCUUAGUGAGAUGGUGUUGAAAAAUAACAUAAUAAACGCUUGUGCACAUGGCCCUAGGUCGCAGCCGAGCGAUCGGGAAGACAUUUCCACUAGGCACAUGAUAAUAGACAGUUGUGAAAGUGGUGUAGUGGAGUACGAGGUCACAGAGUACAGGGACGUCGACAGUGAUUCAGAUACGAGCGACUCCAGCGACAGCGAUGUCGAUUCAGUCAAGGAUGUAGAAGAGAUCUCUAGUGGUGAGGAAGAAAAUGCUCGAGUAGAAAAACCAGAGACUCCACGAGUUCAAGGUGAACUAGGUCUAGAUGAUUUACCGCCUAUAGAGGAUCUCGCAAUCAGCCUGCCUGCACAGGAAACAACGAAAAUAGGAACAAUAGCCAGUAUUGUUGAUAGGCUAGUUAUAGUUCGUGCUUUCCCUGACACACCUGCAGUUGAUAUAGAUAGUGUCCUUUUUCUUGAAAAUGGAGCAAAAGCACUAGGAAAAGUGUUUGAUGUCUUUGGUCAAGUAACAGAACCCCACUACUGUGUAAGAUUUAAUUCACAAGACCAUGUGAAAGAGCGUGGUGUGCGCCCUGGGAUGGAAGUAUUUAUUGCACCGAAGAAUCAGCAGCAUACCAACUAUGUCUUCUUAAGUGAACUUAUGAAAGCUAAAGGAUCCGACGCGUCAUGGCUAAACGACGUGGAGCCUCCGCCUACUCACGUAGACUAUUCGGACGACGAAGACGAGAAGAGAGCCAACAGAGCGAGAAAAGAGCAGCGUCAAAACAAGCACGAAGACGAAGCGAACGGAGAGACCUCGAAAAGUCGCAAAGUAGCCGAGACACGGCGAAACCAAAGACCUUCAGAGUCUAGCAGCAGAUUCGGCAGCGGACCUAGCAGGGGACGGAAUCCCUUCUCGGCUAGUUCUAGAAGGAACAACCCCAAUUCGUUUCCAAGAUGCUCGAGACCGUGGCUCGGCAAUAUGGAUAUGAGGAUGCACAAUGGUGAUCAAAGAGGGCCUCCAGAUUUCCGUCCGGGUCCAUUCAGCGCCCCGCCAGCGUUCAACGGGCCGCCGAUGUUCCCACCGCCCUUCAAUCCUAACUCGGCGCCGUUCAAUCCUACGACGCCGCCUCCGUUCAUGCGAGCCCCGUUCCAGUUCGGUGAUAAUCCUCGUAUGUUAGCCCCCGCGGGCUCCAUGGUAGUGCCGCCCUUCAGACAUAACGUGCCAGUGUUCGGCACCAACUACUGCAAUAUGCCCGGGCCGCAGCCCCAGUGGGUCAAUAAUAUGCCCCCACCACCGCCCGGGACCUAAACGCGCGAACUUUACGCGCGCGCGCGCGUUUCGGAUAAGAUAUUUCUCGUAAUAUU